AUGGUCAUCGGUACUUACGUUGGAGCAGCAACCGUAUUCGGUUACGCCUGGUGGUUCAUGUUCAACAGCGCAGGUCCCCAAAUCAGCUUCUACCAGCUCAGCCACUUCCACCGCUGCUCCUCGCAAUUCCCAGAGAUCGGAUGCGAGAUGUUCGCCAACGAGUCUUCUCGCGCAGCUUCAACAGUCUCGCUGUCCAUCCUCGUCGUCAUCGAGAUGCUGAACGCCAUGAAUGCCCUUUCGUCAUCCGAAUCGCUGCUUACUCUGCCGCUCUGGAAAAACAUGAUGCUCGUGUAUGCUAUCUGCUUGUCUAUGGCGCUCCACUUCGUCCUACUAUACGUGCCUUUCCUGCAAGGCCUGUUCAGCGUCGUACCGCUGGAUUGGAGUGAGUGGAAGGCUGUUCUCUUGAUCAGCGGACCCAUCAUAAUCAUUGACGAAGGCCUCAAGUUUCUCGAGCGCAAGUUCUACAUGCACAAGUCUUCUGACGGCGCUCCACGUUACGAGCAGAACGGCAACGCAAGACCCAAGGCCGAGUGA